AUGGACUUUGACCAGUACAAGCCUAUGUAGAAAACCAGACUAUGACACGUGUUAGCUAUUAACGAAUGUAGUCGUCAUCAACCGGUAAUAUCUCUGAUAAUGAUAAGAUAAUGAAGUAGCAUGUAUGCUGCAAGGUUACAAUUGCUUGAAGUUCCCCGCACCACACACAUAUAGGAGGCAACACAAUAGCAGCACUGCUACGCCGCCCCAAAGCGCCUGUGCACCAAAUAUAAAGUACUCUUUCAAGCAACUCUGUGUUACUCGAAAAAUCCCAACAAUUGUUUCGGACCUCCUCAGGGUGUUCCAUCCCGAAGUCACUAAUGCACGUUCAGUCCUAAUAUCCCUGCAAGACGGCAAUGUCUACCCGGGGUCUGUCGCUUCAACUCAAGAUAACCUAGGCAGAUAGAUGCACACGUUUUAUCGGGGAGGUCCAGUGUACGUACCUACUAGCUAUUAUACCGUCGAAGACGCGAUCAUUUGAUUGCAACACUACUGUAAAUCUCCUUCUGGUCUUGUAU